GAAGUCUUGAGAAUUGCUGCCCCGGAUUCCGGCACAAUCUCAACGGCUCCUUGGAGGGCCUGCUACACUUUCUGGUUGCUUAGCCCAAAAAUUGGAUGAGAAUCACCUUGGACAAUCAGGACUGGAGUGAAUGGUUCCUCCUUCCUUUCAACGUCCUUGCUGCGCUGGCCAUUUUGCUCUCCAGCUUCGAGUGCGAUAGCCAAAGCAGCCGCAGCGUCAAUGCCUUAGUCCAUUCCUUCACCUCCUCCAAGAGCCUCGGUAUACUCCAGGGGAUCGCUCUGACCGGCGUGCUUCUUCAGCUUUUGGCCUCAGAGUUUUUGGUGGCCUGGACUGGUGUUUUCUACCUUCUGAAUCACAUGUGCGUCCACCACCAGGAUCUACUUCCGCAGGCGGAGCAGUUACUUCGCAGCAUCGCGGGCGAGCAUGGUGCCUCAGACAGUUGGGCAUCCAUUUUCAGCCCCAUCCGAGCUCAGCAAUUUGAAGGAAAUUUGAAUCUGCAAGAGUACUGCAUGAUGGCAACAGACCAGGAGCCGCCUCUGGAUGUGGUCCUCCAACAGGUGUGGCUGGCCGCGCUGCUGACCACGCUGAGUCAACUUCUGAUGGCCCUGGCGCUCUCCGGUGAAAGGCAACGCGCUGGUGUGCAUGAAGAUCAGUAUUCCCUGCACAAUGCUUAUGCCUCCGUGUCGAACAGAAUGGGUCAAUUGGGGCAGAACAUGCAGACGUUCGCUUCCGGCUUCACGCCGAACACGACGAAUUAUGGGCCGCAGAUCUUGAGUGGUUUCAAAGGACGUCAGGGCCACUGAGGCAGAAAUCUCCAAAAUCUCCUUGCGAAAUCGGGGCCAAAAGUGCUCACUUUGGAGGAGCUUGUGGAGAAGUUCGGAUCUGGAUGUCGAAAUUCAUUUGUUUUGAGUUGGGAGAAGAUGUUGCCCGCUUUUGACUUGG